AUGAUAGCUGAUGAACAUCCAUUUGAAUUUGCGCCUCAGCAAGAUGAAUACACACAGCUGUUGACAGAGUUACAUAAUGAAUACUGCGCUGAGCAGCCGUUAGAUGUGCUUCAGUUCUGUUCCAACUUCUUCAUUCGAAAACUUGAAGAGCAACGCUUGGAGCACAGAAAUAACCACCAUUCCCGUAACAACUUAUUUGAUACCAAUGAUACCAGUAAUGAUUUACAUCCCUUAUGUGAGCAACCACAAGAAGACUUUUCACAACAGCAAGGCAUCCAGUGGGAAACCACGCAUAUGGGUCAUCCCAACGAUUAUGGCGUUAACGAUGAUAAUGAUGAUGAUCCGUUGGAAGAUGAUGAUGAUGAAGAAUUUGACAAAUUUUCAACUGAACCUUUACCCUCGCUGCCUCCCACAAACUAUAACCGUGGUCGUCGUACAUCUGUUAGCGCAGAGAGCAUGGCACCCAGCGCCAACCAAGACUUUGUCAAGGUCAUCAUUCCCAAAUCUCAGGCACAAGCAGAGCGCAUCAAAGUCUCCAUUAGCAGCAACUUUUUGUUUCGCAACCUGGAUGAAGAGCAGUACCUGGAUGUAGUAAAUGCCAUGUCUGAAAAGCGCGUCGUCAAGGGAACCACAGUGAUUGAACAAGGAGAUGUUGGUGAUUUUUUUUAUGUAGUCGAGUCGGGUACUUUGGAUUGUUUUAUUGGGCAAAACAAGGUUACCAACUAUGAGGCAGGUGGUAGUUUCGGUGAAUUAGCUUUAAUGUACAACGCCCCUCGUGCUGCUACUAUUAUUACAACAUCAGACUCUGUGCUUUGGGCCUUGGAUAGAAUCACCUUCCGCACCAUCUUGAUGGAGAACACCUCACGCAAAAGACGCAUGUAUGAAUACUUCUUAUCAGAGGUCGUGUUGUUAAAAUCCCUGGAGUCAUAUGAACAGCAUAAAAUUGCGGAUGCUCUUGAAUCAGUGUAUUUUGAAGAUGGACAGGAGGUUGUGAAGCAGGGAGAUGUCGGAGAUCAGUUCUAUAUCAUUGAAUCGGGUGAAGCUAUCGUGUUGAAGGAAGAGAAUGGCGUUCAGCAACAAGUGAAUCAGCUUCAGAGAGGAUCCUAUUUUGGAGAAUUGGCAUUGUUAAACGAUGCUCCUAGAGCUGCAACUGUUGUUGCUCAUGGCAGACUCAAAUGUGCUACACUGGGUAAAAAGGCAUUCACUCGUCUUCUUGGCCCUGUUUUGGACAUCUUGAAGCGCAAUUCAGAGAACUAUCAUGCUGUCAUUAACCAGCAAUCAUAA